CAGAUUCCCGCGGUACAGUGGAAAGAUUUGGGCGGGCUUGCUAGCGUCAAGCGCACGUUAUGUGAACUAUUCUAUGCUUCUAUGUCGUAUGCCUCAACACUAAUUCAGCUUGGUGUAAAUACAUCAGCGUGCGGGGUUUUACUCUAUGGUCCACCUGGAUGCUCGAAAACCAUGCUCGCUCGUGCAAUUGCUACUGAAUGCUCAAUGAGCUUCCUAACUGUUCUUGGUCCUGAGUUGCUGUCCAUGUGGCUAGGCGACUCUGAGCGUGCUCUCCAUGGGAUCUUUUUGCGCGCAGAAUCAACAUCACCCUCAAUUGUUUUUUUUGAUGAAGUCGAUGCACUUGCUCUUCGCCGCACAAGUAGCGCACUACCCAGUGAAAGUGCUGCAACAGAUCGUGUCCUUGCACAGCUUUUGGUUGAACUCGAUGGCAUUGCGUCAAAGAGCCAUAUUUUUGUUGUUGCUGCGACUAAUCGACCUGACUUGUUAGACCCUGCACUGAUGCGGCCUGGGCGACUCGACUUCUUACUAUACAUUCCUCCACCGGACCUAUACAGCCGCUGUGAAAUUCUUAUUUCUGCGUUAGGGAGCAUGCCAGUUUCCAUGCUUUGCGAUAGUUUUGUCAUUCUACAGCUUGCAAGGUGCUCAGCUUUGUGUUCUGGAGCAGAGAUUAUUGACAUCUGCCGACACGCAGCGUUGUAUGCUAUC